AUGUGGCGCACCUUGCGGCUCACCGCGGCCGGAGUCGUCACGUGUACCGCCCUCCAGUUCUACGUACCCGCGGCGCCCAACGCUGAUGCCCCAGAUCCCAAGCAUGUGUCGACGACCAAUCAAUUCAAUGCCCAGCGGCUCGUGGACGUCACCAACGUCCUGCGUGUUGCCCACGGCCUCAACCUGAGUGCCAAGCUCCAGUCGUUUGCGAAUUCGUGUCCGGGCUUUGUGCACGGAGGCCCCCAAGGGUUUCAGAAUCUGGCCGGCAAUUUCGAGUCGUGCCAAACGUCGGCGUCGUGCUGGGGCGACCGCACGGGCGCGUGGCAGUGGUACGGCGAAGUGGCCAAGUGGAAUUUCAAAGCCCAGAAAUGCGCGACCGGAUCGUGGAGCGAUUGCGGUCACUUCAGCAACAUGCUGUCGCCGGGCGUGACGGACAUAGGCUGUGCCAUGUCCUACUGCCCGUCAUCAAGCCCGUACUACAACGUGUGGUGCAACUACAACGGCGCGGAGGUCAACCCAAUCGUGCCACCGACCACGUACAACGUCGAGAUGCUCCAAGCCGCGCUCAAGAACCAGUCGCACGAGCUCUGGACAGCGCUCCGCCUCGCGACGCCCCCGUGA